UACUAGAGCCAGAGGGUGUGUAAAAUAAAUAUUCGGCUGCAAACUGCACGGAGGCACUGCCCUUCAUCCAACUGUAUUUUACCACCUGCAUUUUAACUACUUCAGGCACCUGCUGAGGGUCAGAGCAUGAGUUUAAUGGAUCCUACCACCUUAUUGUUCCUGCUUGUCUUUACAAUGACAUUCCUCUGGAUAAUGAGAAGUUUCUGGAAUGCCAGUGGUCGAAAUCUUCCCCCAGGACCAAGGCCGUGGCCACUCAUUGGGAAUCUCCAUCUCCUGGAUCUAAAGAGGCCUUACAGAACCAUGUGUGAGCUAUCCGAACAGUAUGGCUCUGUUUUCAGCAUUCAGCUGGGACUUCAGAAAAUGGUAGUGCUGGCAGGGUGUGAGACUAUAAAAGAGGCUUUGGUGAACCAGGCGGAUGCAUUUGCUGAGAGGCCUUUAAUCCCAAUUUUUGAAGAUACUUUAGGAGGUUACGGUAUCGUUUUUUCUCAUGGCGAGAACUGGAAAGUGAUGCGACGGUUUACGCUAACCACGUUGCGGGACUACGGAAUGGGCAAGAAGACCAUAGAAGACAAAAUAGUUGAAGAGUGCCAUUUCCUAAUUCAGAAAUUUGAAUCUUUUGAAAGAAAUCCAUUUGAGACUGUCACAAUUAUGCAUGCUGUGGCUGCCAACAUUAUAGCAUCCAUAUUACUUGGCAAGCGGUAUGGAUAUGAAGAUACCACCUUUGUAAGACUGCUCAACUUGGUCAAUGAGGAUAAUCAAAAUCUAGGAGAUCCCGCAAUCAUGCUAUACAACCAGUUUCCUUCUCUGGGCUCCCUUUUUGAUGUUCCUAAGAAGUUCAUGAAGAACAGGGGGAAAAUGAAGGCCUUUAUACAGGCUGCCAUCGUGGAACACCUCAAAGAACUGGAUGAAAAUGACCAGAGGAAUCUGCUUGAUUCAUUUUUAAUCCAACAGCGAGAGGAGAAGAAAAAUAAGAUCACUAGAUUUUUUCAUAAUGAAAACCUAACAAUUCUUGUGGAUAACUUAUUUGGUGCCGGCAUGUCCCCCAUUGCAACUACACUGUCCUGGGGCUUAUUGCUAAUGAUGAGGUAUCCUGAAAUCCAAAAAAAGGUCCAAAAAGAAAUUGCAGAGGUGAUUGGGUCUGCUCAGCCACGGAUCGAACACCGAACAAAACUGCCAUAUACAAAUGCGGUAAUCCAUGAAAUUCAGAGGUUUGCUAAUAUUCUUCCUACCAGUAUGCCACAUGAAACCACAACAGAUGUCACUCUUAAAGGCUACUUCAUUCCAAAGGGAACCCAAAUUGUUGUAUUACUGUCCUCUGUGCUUUAUGAUGAAUCUCAGUGGGAGAAACCACUUAAAUUCUACCCUGAGCACUUCCUGGAUUCCGAAGGAAAUUUUGUAAAGAGAGAUGCCUUCAUGCCUUUCUCUGCAGGUCGUCGCAUGUGUGCUGGUAAGACCCUUGCCAAAAUGGAGCUUUUCUUAUUCUUUACAAGCCUCCUGCAACGAUUCACGUUCCAGCCAGCCCCUGGAAUAUCUGCAGAAGACCUGGACCUUACCCCUGUAGUUGGGUUUUCUGCAAAUCCAGUUCCUUUCAAGUUGUGUGCUUUGCCACGUUCUUUACAUUGAACCUCCUGGCUUACUGAUUUUUCAUCUGACCUUGCUCACCAAGGACAUUUCAAGUCGAUGGGCUCUGUGGAACUGGCUUACAUUUUGUCACAAACCUCAAUGCCCUGUUUGCCGAUCUGCCAAGGUCCAUAAGCUUGCUCAGAGUUUUGCUUCAGAUUUAAACCUCCAUCCAGGUAUCAUUCAAUUCCUAGAGAAAAGCCAACAAAGUCUGUGUGUGCUGGUUUCUUAUAUUCAGACAUUGUAGAUGUCUUGAACUAUCAUCUCAACCAGGUUCACUUAAUCCAUCCUGCCUUUAGCUUCUGAUAGCUGAUGAGAUUGGGCUAUCCAGGUUAAUGCUGGCAAUGAUCAUAUCUGAAGAAAACAGGUUCACAAAGCUGUGAGGUAGAGUUUAGAUCCCUUUAUCAAUACACACACAGAGAUAAAUUUCCCCAUUUUAUGUGUUGCAGAGAAGGUAAACAUGAAUAAAUAUGUGUGCAAACCUCUGUCUCUUCUACUUUUAACCUAAAACUGAGAACAUUUCCACCACCAUAUUACCAUUCUUCAACAGAUCUCCACUAAAAAUCAUACGGUGGUGGUUUUUUAAAACAAGAGUACAGAUGGACUUGAUUUUAAUCUGUCAAAAUUUGGAAGACUAGCCCUUAAAUCUGAGGGAAAUUUUUCUUUUACAACUUUUUUUCUAACAUUCAUACAAAAACAUUUCCCCCAAAAUAAGAAUUUGUAUGUUUCUUCAGAUUAUUGUCCCAAAAAUAUUGGGAACAUUUCAACUUUUUUCAUGUGAAUUAGAUGUCUUUUUGUAACAUAAAGUAACUGUUCUGGAAUCUUAGGCCUCUGCCAAGUAGAUGACACUCACGGAUCGAACACAACAAGCCUUCAGUUGUUCUCCUUGGAUUCCACCUGUCAGUAAAGAUACCACUUCAUGCCUAGUGGGAAAUUUAUAAAGUAGAUUUAAGUGUCAUCCUUUUCGGGGAGAACAUGGUGCAUUAAGAAACGGUUUUCAAUAAAGACCAGUAAAUAAAUAUGCUGUA